UUGCUCCGUAAUAGUUGUAUGUUCAGGAAAUGUGGGUUUCAAAUCAAAAGAUGUACCUGAGACAGUUAAGGAGAAUCCUUUUACCUGUAUGUACUUUUAACCACCGUUUUACUGCUAUCCACUUUUUUUUCAGCCUCCAACAUUUUAGAAGAGCAAAAGUAUUGCGGUAAACCAUUUUACAGGUGUUUCUCACUGCCCAAGUGUUUUAUGUUUCAUUUAUUUCACACAUACAUAAGAGCUGUGAAGGAGACACAGUUUCUGAAGUUUUUCACUCUAACUAGUCAAUAAAAACAGCAUGAAUACCAAAUCACACACAGACAGAAAUGUAACUGGUAAGGUAUUGGCCCUGCAAUCUCAGCAAUGUGUAAUUAUGUUAAGAAAAAUUUUAAUAACUGGAGAACAUAGAAAUUGACUCAGGAAAGCAUGUCCGAAAAACACACAAGCAGUGGAUGACAAGAAAAAUGUUUAAGAACUAUAAAGAAAACCCUACAUUACUGUUAGUCCCAAAUUAACAGGCUGUACUUCUUCUCUAGAUCUGUGUACUGUUAUGCCGUCCUCACUGGGGCAAACAAGUUCAGUCCCAUGUCCUGUACAUGAGACCACAUAACGUCUGUUUUGAAUUCCCUGCACUGGCUUCCUGUGAAGUUUUGAGUUGACGUCAAAAUCUUCAUGCUUACUUCUAUAAAGCUCUACAUGACAGUCUGUGGAGCUGAUCAGAAGACAAGGAAGAGUCCAUAUGUCUCUGAGCAGUGUAUGGUCUGAGAGCUCCAUGAGGCUCAAGGAUGAUGAUCUCACUCCCAGCAGCAAUGGCUUGCUCAACGUGGAUGACAGCCUCACUAGCCUGAGGUGGCUCCAGGAGUUCUCAAUUAAUGUCGAAGGGGGCCAGGUGACACCACUGUCUGCUGAGAUUCAUAACCAGCUCUGUGAGCACCAGCAGACAGUUGUCCCAGCCUCUGUGGGUAUCCCUGGUGCUCCCACAUCUGCAGCUUUCUGCAGGGGCCUCUCCUCCUCCCUACCUGGUCUAGUUGGUUAUGGCCACUGCCCUGAGAAAGUUGAUUACAAGACAAACCCACACAUAAGACCACCCUAUUCUUAUGCCACCCUGAUUUGCAUGGCCAUGCAGGAUAGCAAGAAAACCAAGCUUACACUUUCCAGUAUCUACGAGUGGAUUAAGGACAACUUUUGCUACUUCCGCCACGCAAGCCCCACUUGGCAGAACUCAAUCCGGCACAGCCUUUCAGUGAACAAGUGUUUCAUAAAAGUCCCACGGCAGAAGGAUGAACCGGGAAAACGGGGAUUCUGGACAAUUGACCCCCAAUAUGCUGAUCAGCUGCUUUGUGAUGCUUACAAAAAGCACCGGCUGCCCCCGGUGAAGAUCAAUCCUGCACUCCAGGCUUGGGUAAGGCCAACACCCACUUCCCACUCGGGGUUCCUCUCUUCGGUCGAAGGAGACCUGACUGUCAGUUUGGAGUCCCAGCACUUGCGGCAGGAGUUUGAACAGGCCACAGGGGUAGAUCACAACCGAGACAGGUCUAACAGCAAGAGAGCUGCAGCCAGGUCAGGGAAGAAAUGUGGCCACAAGAGGAAGCGAGGAAACCAGGAGAAAGGGAGGCCAUCGAAAAGUUCUCGCCACUGCAAUUCCCCGCUGCUGUCCACUGACAGACAAGAGGGUCUAGGCCAUCUGAAAAAGAGUACUGAUUGGGUUGUCUUGUUGGAACAUGACCAGGACCAGACGGUACACAGCACACACAUUGAAUGUUUGCAGCAGAACCUUCUGGAAGCCAGUGGGCAUGCUGUGGGGGAGCACAUUUUGUCCCAGACCCAGUUGGACAUUGAAGUCGAGAACUUCCUGGCCACUGAGGACCUUAUCUGGCAGAAUGAUUGGGAUGCCCUACUGGACUCCACUGGGGAGCUGAGCCUAGACAGCACCAUCCAACUGAGCCCUACAGGGCACGAUCGGGACCUGACAGUGCAUGGCACACACAUCAGCUGUCUGCAGCAGCAGAGUCCCUUGGAAGCUGGCAGGGAUAGUGAGAGUGUCCACAUUUUUUCCGAAACACUGGAAGAAAUCUGGGACGCUGAUAUUGAAACCUUUCUGGGUGCUGCAGACCCCAGCUGGCAGGUGGGCAUUGACUGGGAUGCCCUGCUGGAUUCGGUACAGACUGGAGAGCUCAAUCUGGAUGGCACUGACCAACAGAGUCCCAUCUGGCAAGGGGACAAUGAGUGUAAUAUUCUGCUGGACUCAGCACUGACCAGGGAGCUCAACUUGGAUGGCACCGGUCAAGUGAACCCCACCUGGCCUCUGCAGACAACUGUGGACCCUACCUGCCAGGGGGACGUGGAUCAGAAACACAAUUCAUCUGGUGUCAAGAGGAUCGCACCCAGUUUGGGGAAAAGAUGUAGCCACAAGAUGAUAUGAAUGAAUGUAGACAGUCCCCGUUACUGCAGCUCCCAUUGUUACGCACUGAUGAGCAAGAGGAACCGGGUCUUGUGAAAGGAGACUUUGACUUGGAUGCUCUUCUGGAUUUGAUGCCAACUGACAAACUCAUUCUUGACAGCACUGGUUAACACAACUCCAGAGACCGCAACAAGAACCCGACAUAGCGUGGUACACAUAUUGGCUGUCUACAGUCCCUUAGAGUCCGGCCAGGACAACAGGGGCUUCCAUGUUUUGUCCCAGAUCCAGGAGAGGAACUUGAACUUUGACAUAGUAACCUUCCAGGCCACUGCCUUCCUUCAGAACUUUGGGUAGGAGAAGGAUGAUGACAACACGGGCACAACCAAUGAGCAAAAUUCCUCUGCAGCUCUUCUGUCAGUUACUUGACCUUGGAGAUUCCCUCAGCAGUAAUUGCAAUAAUAACGUCUUCCUUUGAUGAAGAGGCAUUAUCGAUUCUGUUUAACUAGACCUAAUUUGGAUCAGGAGAAGUCAAACUACUUCCCGUCUCUGAGAAAACUUGAGAUUUCAUUCCAAACACUUGCAUGCCAUCCAGAUCAUGUGGAUGUUUUAUGCUGUUAUCACUUUAUACUUGUCAUAAACUUUAAAUAAUGGUUCUUUUCAGAUAAAUGGGAAGUGACAAAGAAAUGGGUUUGCACACCAGUCUUUUUCACUUCUGAAGGGGGACAAUGACUGCAAUAUUCUACUGGCAUUGUGAUAUAUUUUCAGACCAGUUGCAUGGUUAAACAGUGGCUUCCAUGGACAUCACAAGCAGGAGCAAGCCCUAUAUCACCACCUUUGAAAAUAACCUUGUUGAUGUUUAACCUUGCAUACUACUAGCUGCCUCAAGGCAUGGCAAGUAGGAAUUGAAAGGGGCUAUCACUCCCUUAAUCCCUUUUCUGAAGACUCCUGUUGUUGCACAUUUGGAGAUCAUGAAAGUAGAGAUCUGACGGAUGCUAUAAGAAACACUUUAACACCAGAGGAGAAUUAAGUUGUUUGUUCGAGCGCCUUCCUGAGGCUGCCGAUUGUUGAUAGAAACAAUUCAUUUCAUUAGCUUUACGGACCUUCCAAUGAGAACAGCUUUCUGUUCUCUUCAUUUCCCCAUCAUGUCACAUUCAUUAGCUUUUGAGCACAAUCAAAAAAAAACGUUACCUUGUACAUUUAGGGUGUGAGUAUAAAAUCCAGAAAAGACCACUCAUCUUUUUUAAAAAUUGCAAUAAAUUGUCCUCUAGAGUAUGGAAUGGUACUGGGACAUCCCUAUCACUAAUAAAUGAGCUCUGUGUCUUUUAUGGCAUGCCAGCUGAGCCUUCCCCUCUCCCUGUAUUUGCAGCUACAACUGACCUCACCUUUUGGACUUAUGUCAUUCACCAGGACUUCCCGACACCUCUUCCUGGUGGAAUCCAGAUCGCUGACUGUUUUCCAAAAGCCUUGGCUGUGAUGUCAUUUUUAUGUACAUCAAGCCGAAAGUUAUUAAUUUACAUAAUAGUACUAUUUCCUUAUGGAUAAAUAAAGUUCUUAGACUAUCUAUCUAUCUAUCUAUCUAUCUAUCUAUCUAUCUAUAUAAACAGUUGCACAGCAGGUUCGGCCAGGUCCCGCUCUCUGGCAGGUCUUGUGUUCGAGUCCUGCUUGGGGUGCCCUGCGAUGGACUG